CAUCGGGGUUGGUUACUGCGCAGGAUCGCAACUUCAAAAUUUCUUUCUCUGGUCCCGGACUAUAUCAUAGCUUCUUUGUUUCUACCUGAUGUCUCCGGGAUGAUGUGACUUGCAUACUUUCUAUUGUUGACAGGUCUUGGGAGUAUCGCUGAUAUGGACCCUCAACCAGCCACUGUUAUUUCCUUUGUCGUGCAUUUGUAGCAAUUUCUUUUGUGAUGUGAUUUUCCAUUUUGCCUUGCAUCUUUGCAAUGAUGAGCGUGUUUCUCUUCUUAAGAUCGCUGCAUUUAGAUGGGCAGGAGUACGCAUAUAUCCCUCAUCUGGCAUCUAUUUUUUUUUUCUCGUUUUGUAUUGCCUGGCUUCCUCUUCUGUUUACCUUCUCCCUUCCUUUUUUUCCAACAUCAUUCUCUCCUCUACAUAUUGAGAUAUAUAUCUUCGCUUGGUCGAAACAGACGAUCCACAAAGCCUUGUCGGAUAAUGCUUUGUCGGUGUACAGAGUUGAAUACAGAAAACAAUCAGGAUAGCCCCCUUUUUCCGGCUCCGACAGAUCCUUAUCUACCCAUUCCUGCUUCAGGUUCCGUUUGCUAUUAUACCAUUCGGUUUGUUCCACUGAGCGGAUUGUUUUUUUUCUUUUCUUGUUUUCUUUCCAUAGGAGCUGAAUUGAUUCCCCUACUAUGCGUCUCCACCCUGCCAGAUUCCCCAUCUCCAUGUUCCCUUCUCCUUGAUUUCACCCAUAUGCAUUUCCAUUCUUGUUAAAUAAUUUUUCCCCCCUUCAAUGGUACUUCAGAUAGUCGAAUUCAAAUCUUCCAUUCUGGUUGGAUAUCUUUUGUUACUUCCCACCACUUGCUGUGGACUUGCCUCUAUAUA